GACAGAAGUCGGCCCCGCCCAUUCUCUGGGUGACAACCUCCUCGGUAUCCUCCCCAUUAUCUUGAAGGCCACGCCCAUACGAUCUGGAUGAGACGUUUCUGUGGUCCGUACGUUAGGGGCGUGCGCAUCUUCUCCGGGUGUCCAGACCACGUGACGGGGCGGCUAUUUGCCAGCCUCACGCGGUUCAGUCCCCAGCCCGCAGCCUUCCUCCUCAUUUCUAGCCAUCUCCUCUCCUGCUGUAUCAAUCGAAUCCCUGUUGUUCUCUAGGAUAAGCAAGCGCCAUGCCCUCCAUACCACUAGGGGCGCUGCGCAUUGUAGCUCUGACUUGUCUACACAGCUGAAGGGGUGGGUUGUUCUGUUGCUGGAGAUCCCUGUCGGAAGGGGGCGCUAGAGCCCGGACUACAUACAACCUAGGGCGGUUUAAUGCAUUGUUUUGGUGGUUGUUCCCCUCCUCACCACACGGGGCGCCGUUGACUCCUCGCAAUGCACUCCCAGCCGCACGGCGGCGUUGUUGUGUAACGCGUUGUCUCCGCGGGUGCUGCAAAGGCCUCGCUCCUUCCACGUCCGGGCAUCGCGCGGUAACCGGCCGGAGAGCACUGCAGGACAUGGCGGCCCCGGUGUCUCCAGUGGGGAAGCGGCUGAGGCUGCUGUUUGACGAGAACUCUUCCAGACGGGAGGGAGUCCCAGAUCCGUCUAUCCCGUUGGGGAAGAGGGCCUGGGAGGGCGGAACUGUGCGAGGGCUCAAAGGAGCGGCGCCCGAGGAGCUGGCGGUGUUUGUAGAAUUUGAUGAAAAAAGCUCUAGGCCACAUUCAUGGGUGCAAGUCCAUGGAGAAGAUGUGUUGGUGAUCUUGCUGGAAGGGCCACUGGUUUGGUCACCAAGGAAAGAACCUAUUAUUGUCCAGGGCAGCCGUAUUUGUCCCACACAUUGGCCAGCACUGACAUUCACAACUCUGGUGGAUAAGUUGGGCCUGGGAACCCUGGUCCCUAUAGAGUUUCUGUUGGAAGAAAUCCUGCAUUUCCUUCCAGAUGCCAGCACGCUCCGCCUCUAUCAGCAGAUGGGAGUUGACAGCCACAAAUUGGUUUUAAAAGAACAGCCGUUAUUGCGGGAUGCAGUUACUGACAUUAUUAACUCCAGGAAAACCCAGGAAAUCAUUUUAAGAGGUAUUUGCAGUAUUCAAGGUCAAGAAGUGAAGGUAUUUAGACCAGAUGAGAAUGAAGCAUGGAUUUGUGGGAUAGUAACCAAUCAAGACCCUAUCACUCGUAUAAUAAAUGUUACAAUAAGUGAGGGAGGUGAAACUGUAACUAUUGAUCCUAAAUUGGUACACGUGGUGCUAGUGAAUGACUCUGUUUUAGAGCCUGAGGACAUGUUAAAAAUAGCAAAAACAACAAAAGCAAAGAAGAAAAAAGAAAAUACAGAUGGAAGAGAUGGCCGUAGAAGAAAACUACCUUCAGAUGCAGAAGGUGAUUCUUCAGGAAAGAGACAAAAAGCAGAAAAGAAAGAGUUGGAUACCAACGGUGGGGAUUCGGGUGAACCUAACCGGAGUUCCUGGACUAGUGGCAGCAGUGCUGACCCCGCUGUAGAUUCUAGAUCCAAACAGAUGUUACAUUUUGUUCCACAAAUUAAUCGCAAUAUUCGCUUUGCAACUUACACCAAAGAAAAUGGCCGCACAUUAGUGGUCCAAGACCAACCUGUUGGUGACGGAGCACCCCUAGCUUUCCCGUCGUUUUCAGCAGUGGCUAACCAAGGCUCAUUGAUGCCAGAAAGACCAGUGAAUAAGAGUGCAUUGCCGGCUGAUAAUCCUGUAAGCACCACUGAGAGUAUAACGUCAAGUGGGGUAACACCAACUACAGUAAGAAUAUCCGACACCAGUCUUUCCAGUGUAGCAGCAGAGGAAAGCAAGAAACCUAGCUGGACCUCCGGAGAGAAUUUCAGAAAAACUGUGCCUGUGAAAAGUAGUUUUGGCAUGUGUGUACCUCAGCCAACUUUUGGAGAGGACAGAAACCAAUCCAAUGGUGCAGUUCAAGUAAAUAAACCUGCUGCUUUCCAUUUUGGAACUAGUAGUCUUCAGGAAGAUUCAAAAGAGGCCGAUCCUUCUAAAAAUCUAUUUUUCCAGUGUAUGUCACAAAACGUUCCACCAAGUAACUACUUUACUGCCAUCUCAGAAAGUACUGCAGAAGAGCCUUCAAGCAAGGACCUGGGGAUGCUAUGCAAGGAAGGUCCUUCUUCCACACUUUUCAAGCCAAAGGCUCUCACCCCACAGGAGAUGAAAGGAAAUGCAAAACUACAAUUUUCUGAAUCUAUGCCUAAACUUACCCCAGCGUUUCCUGGAAAGGUGUUAGCUGCUCGACCACCUGAGACCCAUGAAAACCUUUUUCUGCAGCCCCCAAAGCUUUCACGAGAGGAGCCAUCAAACCCAUUCUUGGCUUUUUCAGAUAAAAAGGACAUGUCUCCAUUUGGCUUUGUCACUCCACCUACCCAGAGUUCAAUGCCUGGAAAUAUUUCAUCUUCUAUAUGGCAGGACCAGCCCAGAGUUGAUGAACCCAGCUCUUUGUUGAAGACUAAACCCCUUUUCACAACAGAGUCACUUAAAAGGCUACCCAUCACAUCAAGUGCAGCAAUAACUGAAACUCUCCAAAGUUCUACAUUUUUGGGAAAUGGGCGCUCAGAUUCCCCAGGAAAUAGCUUGAGUCAACCAAUUGAAAUGCCAACAUUGUCUUCAAGUCCCACAGAAGAUAAACCUGCAGUUGGAUCUGGACAAAUGGACAAUCCGUUGUUAAGAACAUUCACUGCUUUGUCGAGUCGACUCCAGCCAGGUGUCCUCUCCUCCUCAGACCUUUCUCAUGAUGGUAAAGCCGCUUUUGAGUCUGUUAACCGGUUCACACUGGAUGAACGAAGUCGAACUUCAAAACAAGACUCUGAUUCUAGUACGAACAGUGAUUUAAGUGAUCUGAGUGAUUCAGAAGAGCAGCUGAACUCCAGAGCUGGCUUUAAAGGGAUCCCAGAGCACCUUGUUGGCAGGCUAGGACCGAACGGAGAGCAUGUUGUUGAUUUGCUUUUGGCAAAAGGUAGAGGAAAACAGGUCCCAAAACCAAGACCAAGAACUAAUGCUCCACUGAAAGUUGGACAGUCCGUUUUGAAAGACGUGAGUAAAGUAAGAAGGCUGAAGCAGUCUGGAGAGCCGUUUCUUCAGGAUGGCUCCUGUAUUAAUGUCGCUCCACAUUUACAUAAAUGUCGGGAGUGCAGAUUAGAACGAUAUCGAAAAUUUAAAGAACCAGAUCAGGAUGAUUCCACCGUGGCAUGUCGAUUUUUCCACUUCCGCAGGCUGGUUUUCACCAGGAAAGGAAUACUUCGUGUGGAAGGCUUUCUGAGCCCCCAGCAGAGUGAUUCUGAAGCUAUGCGUCUCUGGGUUCCCAAUGCAGUCCCAGCUGAGGGCAUUGACUUGGAGACAUCUAAAUAUAUUCUUGCUAAUGUGGGAGAUCAGUUCUGUCAGUUAGUUAUGUCUGAAAAAGAAGCCAUGAUGAUGGUGGAGCCACAACAAAAGGUUGCGUGGAAGCGAGCGGUCCGAGGUGUGAGGGAGAUGUGUGAUGUUUGUGAGACUACACUCUUCAAUAUUCACUGGGUUUGUCGCAAGUGCGGAUUUUGUGUCUGUCUCGAUUGUUAUCGGCUCAGAAAAAGCAGGCAACUCAGAGGUACCCCAGAAGACGAGACAGGUGAUGAAGAGGUUUUUGCUUGGUUAAAGUGUGCUAAAGGUCAGCCCCAUGAACCCGAAAACCUCAUGCCGACUCAGAUAAUCCCUGGCACAGCCCUUUACAACAUUGGGGAUAUGGUCCACGCAGCAAGAGGAAAAUGGGGUAUCAAGGCUAAUUGUCCUUGUAUUACCAGGAACAACAAAACGGUAUUGAGACCAGCAGUCACAAACGGCAUGACCCAGCUUCCAUCUAUAAAUACUCCUGUCAGCGAUGCAGCAACGUCAUCAACCACAGAACAAACAAAUGAAAAUGCCCUUAAAACAGAAGACGAUUUGAAACAAGACACUGCUAACAGCAUGGCGGAGGACACCAUGGCUGAACAACAGAACACAGACAAUAAAAACAAGCAGCAGUGCCCAGAAUCUACCCCCUCAUCUGCCUUGCACUGGCUGGCAGACCUUGCAGCACAAAAAGCAAAAGAAGAAACAAAAGAUCCUAUUACCCAGACGCCGAUACAACAAAAAGAAUCAAAUCCUACCUUAGAUUUGGAGUCCCCUAAUUCAAGUGUGAAGACCUCCUCAUCCCCAAAACUCUUCAACAGCCUUUUAUUAGGCCCAGCUGCUUCCAACACAAAGACUGAAGGUUCCAGUUUAAGAGAUUUGCUGCAUUCUGGUCCUGGGAAGCUUUCUCAAGGAUCACUGGAAGCAGGCGUUCCAUUUCCUCCCGUUUUUAAUGCUACAGGAAAGGGAAAAUCCAGCUUACCGAACUUUUUGGACCACAUUAUUGCCUCUGUUGUAGAAAACAAAAAGACAUCCGAUGCUGCCAAGAGAGCAAGUAGCUCGACUGAGAGUCUGAAGGAAGGCAAGGAGAUGGUGAUGGGGUUACAUGUCCUCGACCCACACACCUCACAUUCCUGGCUUUGUGAUGGGAGGCUUCUCUGCCUACACGACCCGAGCAACAAAAAUAACUGGAAAAUAUUUCGGGAAUGUUGGAAGCAAGGCCAGCCUGUGCUUGUUUCUGGGGUCCAGAAAAAGCUGAAAGGGGAGUUAUGGAAACCUGAAGCAUUCAGCUUUGAAUUUGGAGAUCAAGAUGUGGAUUUGGUGAAUUGCCGUAACUGUGCUAUCAUUUCAGAUGUAAAAGUUCGGGAUUUUUGGGAUGGUUUUGAAGUUAUUGAUAAAAGACUAAGAGCAGAUGAUGGCUGUCCUAUGGUUCUUAAACUAAAAGACUGGCCUCCGGGGGAGGAUUUCAGGGACAUGAUGCCGACACGAUUUGAUGACUUGAUGGAGAAUCUUCCUCUGCCAGAAUAUACAAAGCGAGAUGGCAGGCUUAAUUUGGCAUCAAGAUUGCCCAGUUACUUUGUGCGACCAGAUCUAGGGCCGAAAAUGUACAAUGCCUAUGGUUUAAUCACUGCUGAAGACAGACGAGUUGGCACAACAAACUUGCAUUUGGAUGUGUCUGAUGCAGUAAAUGUCAUGGUGUAUGUUGGUAUUCCAAUCGGAGAGAGUUACGACGAUGAAGAGGUGCUCAAGACUAUUGAGGAAGGUGAUGCUGAUGAGCUGACAAAAAAACGUAUUCACGAGGGAAAAGAAAAACCUGGAGCUCUAUGGCACAUUUACGCGGCUAAAGAUGCAGAGAAGAUCCGUGAGCUUCUUAGAAAGGUUGGUGAUGAACAAGGACAAGAAAAUCCACCAGAUCAUGAUCCAAUACAUGAUCAAAGUUGGUAUUUGGAUCAAACGUUACGUAAGCGUCUCUAUGAUGAAUACGGAGUGCAAGGCUGGGCAAUUGUACAAUUCCUGGGAGAUGCAGUUUUUAUUCCUGCUGGAGCACCACAUCAGGUCCACAACUUACACAGUUGUAUAAAAGUAGCAGAAGAUUUUGUAUCUCCAGAACAUGUGAAACAUUGCUUCCGCCUGACACAGGAAUUUAGGCACUUGUCAAAUACACAUACAAACCACGAGGACAAACUACAGGUGAAGAACAUUAUCUACCAUGCAGUCAAAGAUGCUGUUGGCACGCUCCGAGCUCAUGAGUCUAAACUGGCGAGAUCAUAGAAAAGAUUUGCAUUACACUCUUGUACAAUUGUAACAGGAGCCUCCUUUACAUUUUGGAUUUGUCAACUAGAGGCAAACGUGAAGGAUCCAUUGUACAACCCAGCCACUGUUUUCUAUAAAGCCUCAUAAUCACCUGUACUAUAUACAUGUCUCACUUAUGCACUUGACUGAAAGGCGUCUAUUUUCUGUUGCUGCCUUCAGCACUAACCACAUGAGCUCUGGAAAACCAUGCUUCUAGUACAAUUCUGGAGUUAAAAGAUAGAAGAGCAUGUUUGGCUUCUCGGGCAUAGUUUUCCAGUCUUGGAGAAAUCUACAAAACCAAUUCAAGAUGAACUAAUAUAGUAAAUACGUAAAAAGAGAAACUCUUCACAUUGCACCCAAAUGUCUAAUACAAUGGAUAAUUGAAUCCUUGUUGCAAUACAAAUCAACUUGUUAAAACCUUUUAAAUAGCAUAGUUCAAUAUGCUUACUCGAAGCAGAGGGUGCCGAGUUACUGCUUUUACUGGGGAAAGCAAGGCAUUGGAGAUGUAUUUAUUAAGAACCAUAGGUUUGUAGCAGAGCAGUUACUCUUUCAUGAUAUUAGACAUUUUUAGACCUUUUGCAGACCACCUCUGUUUUCUUGCAUUUCCAGAAAGGCACAUUGCAUUUAGUCUUCCUUUCCAAUGAGUCAUUCAUAUGAGUGUAAGCGGUGGGUAGGGUCAGAGACCCCUAAAACUGGCGAGUGUUGGGUAGAGUAAGCCAUCAUAGAGCAUCUUUCCACAGUGUUUGCAUUAAGUGUAUAUAGUUGCCAUAGCAACUUCAAGCAAAAUGGUCGGCACAUGAUGAUCCAUUUCAUUCAGCAGUUGUUCACAUCUAUCGAAAAGCGGUAUUUUUAGGCACUGAAAUAUUUUGCGGUUAAUGUUUGAGAGAAAUUAAGUGGAGUCGGAGACAUCACGGUUUCAGGGAGAUUUCCAUACUGAUCAGUUCUCGCCACGUUGCAGGUCUGUUUAUAUAUUCAGUUACACCAGUUUUUUAAGUGAAUUACUGUAGAUUACUUUUAAUUUGACUUCCUGUACUUUGAUUUUGUGAAGGGCUGACUAGGGUUUCCAUGUUCUUAUUAAAGUACAAUGAAUCUCUA